AUGUUGCCGCAAGCAAAGGGGAGAGAGCUUAGAUGGAUUGUUUCUCUAUUGGUUUCGACAGUCGUGCUGUCACUUGUUCUCUGCCAUUCGGCGGCACUUGUUCAGCCACAACCGCAAUUUCCAACUUUUCCUGCGUUUGUGCCGCCGCCGAUAGCAGCGAAACAAGAAAUUAACAACACUGAUACCUUUGAGGCAGAAGAUAAGAGAAAUUUGGUGAGAAUCUUGAAGGAAGCAUCGUUGAAGGACAAGAAAACGGUGAUAGUGACGAUGAUGAAUCAGGCGUGGGCGGAGCCCAAUUCUACUUUUGAUGUGUUUCUUGAGGGAUUUUUUAGCGGCGAACGGACGGAGUUGCUGCUCCGCCACCUCGUGGUGGUGUGUUUGGACGAUAAUGCCUACGCAGAGUGCUUGGAGGACAUGGAUACAGUUUGGCUUCGAGAUCCAUUUCCUCGAUUAGUUGAGGGUGUAGAUUUUCAGAUCGCUUGCGAAUUCUUCUUCAACGGAAAUUUCAGUGACAGAGGCAAUUCAGCCAAUGGCGGAUUCAAAUACGUCACUGCAAACAACAGAACAAUCGACUUCUACAACUAUUGGUAUGAGUCCAGGCUAAGAUUCCCCGGCAAAAACGACCAAGACGUGCUUAACCGGAUCAAAGGAGAUCAAUACGUUGAAACAAUCGGGCUCACGAUAAGGUUUUUAGAUACAAACGACGUUGGAAGUUUCUGCCAACAAAACUGGGAUAUUACCAAAGUCUGCGUAAUGCACGGGAACUGUUGCAUUGGACAGGAUAAUAAGAUCAUGGAUUUGAGACAAGUGCUUCGGGAUUGGACUAUAUUCUAUUCCUAUUGGGACUUGAAAAGAGAGUUUCGACAGCCGCUGAAUUGCCGGAAUAGUUUCCUGUUGAACUUGUCUUUGUCUUGA